AUGGAUCGUCAGGACGCCGUGAUGCAGUGUUCUAUCAUCAAGAUGUAUGGGAAGUGUGGCAGCGUGGGCAAUGCGAGAGGUUUCUUCGACAGGAUCGCGAGCUCUAGCGUCUGGUGCUGGACAGCGAUGAUCGGAGCGUAUGCCCAGAAUGGGCAUGUGGUGGAGGCGAUGGAGAUGUUUCACAGAAUGGUUCUGGAGGGCGUUCGUCCGGUGGAAUCGACUUUCGUGCUUGUCCUCAGUGCUUGCACGACGCUGGACCAUGCCGAGGCGAUCCACGCACGAGUUUUAGAGGCUGGAUCUCAGGGAGAGAACUUAGAGGCGGCUCUGGUGAGCUUGUACGCAGGUUUUGGACGGAUCGAUCAAGCUACCAGGACUUUCGAGCGCAUGUCCACGAAGAAUGCCGAGUGCUGGGGGUGUUUGAUCGCAGCAAUGGCCAAGGAGGGAGAUAAAGCUCGAGCGCUGGAGCUUUAUCAAGAGUGGUGGUCCAAGAAGAACGAUAGCGAGCUUUCGAAGAGCGCAUCCAUCUUUGCUGCUGCACUAAGCGCGUGCUCUUCAGUGGACGAAGUACAGGAAAUCGAGAGUCACAUUCGUGCAUUUUCUGCGAAGUCUUCUCUCUCCGAGGAAGUGGGAGCUGCUCUUGUCACCUUUUUCGCGAGGUGGGGUAGCGUCGACGAUUCGAGCAGGGUCUUUGAGAGCUUGAAGCUCAGAGACAUUGUGACUUGGAACGCCAUGCUGGGUGCGUACGUGCAGCUCGGGCAUAGCAGGGCCGCCAUCGGGUUUUACUACCGGAUGAACUUGGAAGGCAUUCUCGCGGACAGCUUCACGUUUUCCAGCAUCCUUGGAACCUGCUCGGAUCUUUGCGACUUGGAACUCGGGAAACGUGUCCACCAGCGAGCAGUCUCCAUUGGACAGGCCAACUUGGUCGUGAAGAACGCGCUGUUGCGCAUGUACGCAAGGUGUGCUCGCUUGGACUACGCAAGGAGAGUUUUUGAGGAGGUGGUGGGGGCGAGAGACUCCGGAUCGUGGAAUAGUAUGAUCUCGGGCUACGUCCAGGCCGGGUGUCCUCGAGAAGCGCUCGAGCUCUUUCACAGGAUGGACGUGGAGCCGAGCGUAGCAACGUAUGGCAGCGUCCUCGAGGCGUGCUCCAGCCUGGGAGAGCUUGACCAGGCCAAGGCGGUGCACGGGCGGUUCGUCUCGGCGGGGCUGGAGUCCGAGGUGGUGGACACCACGCUCGUGAAGUUGCUGGCUGGAGCUGGAUUCGUGGGCGAUGCCAGGAGAGUUUUCGAGAGCUGCAAGAGCUCGCGCAAGGAUCCGGUGUCGUGGAACGUCAUGAUCGCGGCGUAUGCGCAGCACGGAGAUAUGGCGGAAGUUACCGAUCUUUACCGGAGGAUGAACUUGGAGGGGUGCUCGUCCGGGACCGUCACCUUUGUGAGCAUUCUCAUCGGUUGCAGCCGGGCCGGUUUGCUGGAGGAAUCCAUCUACCAGUUCGGAUCUAUGAGCUCGGACCACUGGAUACGGCCGGUGGUAGAACACUUCGUGUGCGUGGUGGAUCUGCUGGGACGAGCCGGGAGGCUGGACGAAGCAGAGGAGCUCGUGGAGACGAUGCCGGUGGAGUCGAGGCUAAAGUUUGGAGCUUGGAAGUCACUGCUCGCUGGGUGUAAGAUCCACAGAACAAGCGAGGAAGCUCUGAGAAGGAUCGAGUCCCGGUCGAGGGCGAGCUGUGGAGACGAGAGACCCGUCCUUGGAACUCUAUGGAGGAGCCUCUAG